GCCCGAGACUCCUGGCGACCCAACGGCACCGCCGACCGAAGCCCAGCCCACCUCGCUUCCGGGGAGGCGUUUCCCUUCCCCGCAUGGACGCGGCUGUCUGUGGGUGCCAGGGGAAGGGGUGACAAGAGCAGGUCGCGAGCCGGCGCAGCGUGGGACCGAAGGGGAGAAGGACGCCUGCGGCCCGGCGCGUCCCCGGAGGCACGUUCCCCGCCAGGGCUCCGCGGCCCCGGCGACCGCGCGGGGCUCCCCCUCUACGGCUCCCGCCCCACUGGGGGACCGCGACGGCCUGCUCCCGGGCUCGGGGCUCCGGGUGGAGAAGAGCGCGGAAGUGCGCACUAGCCCGACACUCGGGAGGGCCGCUGCCUCCCCAGGCGCCUGAGACACCGGCCCGCAGCCCCCACCCGGCCCCUCGGGCCCCGCCUGCGUUUCAGCGCGCUGAGGAUGCAGCGCACCCCGAGGCGCGACCAGGUCCCCGAAGCCCGGCGUCGGCCCAACCCGGAGGAGGCAGCAGCAGUCACGGGCACGCUUCCCCAACCCACACUCCCACCCCCGCUCAGGGUCAGGACACCCGCGUCCGGCCGGGGCAGGGGCGGCUCCGACCACGGGAGAAGCAGGGCGUCCGCGGCCCAGAUUCGCACUUGCCGGGCACCCCCGGGGGCCACUGGCUGCACGGCACUCUUUAAGGCCAACAGCCCUGAGUUCACCGGGCUGAAAUCGGCACAGACAGGCCGGGGACCUGUGGUCGGGGCUCCCCGCAAGCGGUUCUCCGGGCUCCGAGGACACCGAGAGGCGGAGAGGAGGACUCUGGGGAGGGGGUGGCUUUUCUUCCGCCGGCGGUGCUCUCUGGAGGUCUCGCCCCGGCGCCGCCUCCUCCAGGCAGUCCUCUAG